UAAAGGAAAAUGUUUUCAGAUGAACGAAGACUGAUAAUUUCCAAUGCUCUCUAUCCAGUUCCCUCUUUGCAUCGGCAACACUCACAGCCACCACAGAGAAUACUACUCCUGCCAUAGCAAAACAGUUAGCCAAAAGAGAAACAAGAGAAUUGUCAUGGCAGCGACGAUCAAUGAUACUGCUAAUCAAGAGUACGAUCGUUCAAAAGAAGUGAAACAGUUUGAUGAUUCCAAAAUCGGAGUCAAGGGCUUAAUUGACUCGGGCAUCACCUCAAUUCCUCGGAUUUUUAUUCACCCGCCAGAGACCCUGUCUGAUCUCAAAUCCAAGAGGAGUACCCGACUACCCGAUUCUGAAUCCAAUCUGAUCCCCACAAUCGAUAUCUCGGGCUUGGAGGAUUCGAAUCGACGGUCAGCAGUAGUGGAUAAAGUUGGACGUGCGUGUCGCGAGUUCGGGUUCUUUCAAGUUGUUAAUCAUGGGGUUCCUCUGGAAGUGUUGGACCGUACGAUUGGAGCUAUAAAGGGGUUUCAUGAACUGCCCACGGAGGAGAAGAUGCGGUGGUAUCGUAGAGAGAUGGGGUCUGGCGUCUCCUUCCUCUCCAACGUCGACUUGUUUCAUUCUAAAGCUGCUAGUUGGAGGGACACACUCCAGAUGACUCUUGGCCCUAACUUACCAGAGCUUGAAGAAAUCCCUGCGAUAUGUAGAAACGAGCUUGUUGAUUGGAAUGAAUGCGCCAAACAAUUGGGAGAGCUGUUGAUGGAACUGUUAUGUGAAGGCCUAGGAUUAAAUGCAGGGAAGUUGAAGGACUUGACAUUUUUGGAUGCUAGGACCAUGGCAGCCCACUAUUAUCCUUACUGUCCCCAGCCUGAUCUAACAGUCGGGAUUAUGUCUCACACAGAUCCUGGAGUUUUAACAGUAUUACUGCAGGAUCAGAUUGGUGGUUUGCAGGUUAAACAUGGGGAGGGUUGGGUGGAUGUUAAACCUGUCCCUGGUGCUAUUGUCAUCAAUGUUGGGGAUAUAAUGCAGAUUCUGUCUAAUGACGAGUACAAGAGCAAUGAGCAUAGAGUGUUGGCUAAUGGUUGCCAUGAACCACGGAUUUCAAUUGCAAUUUUCUUCAACCCACUCAAGAGGGAUAGCUUGUUUGGACCUUUUCCGGAGCUAAUAUCACCAGAAAAACCAGCUGUUUACCGGGAGUUUAUAUACACGGAUUAUAUAAAAAGGUUCUUCACAAAAGAGUUGGAUGGAAAAUCUUUGACAAAUUACUACAAGCUGUGAGGCAUGGAGAAAACAAGAAAGAACACGACCUUGUAAUAUGGAUUACUGGACAGUGUAGCCAGUUAAUAUUCUCCCUGUAAUUUAUUAUGCCUAGAAGUUGGUUAAUUUAAUUGCAUAAUGGCAUUAUUUGGUUCAUACAA